UGCUCUUGGUGGAACAAUGAGCAUAAUUCUUGGGCUGUCUUCUACCAUCUCCAUCAUCAUCUCAGCAGCUGUCUCCAUUGUCUACACAUUAUUAGGGGGUCUCUACUCAGUUGCAUACACUGAUAUCAUUCAGCUUUGUUUUAUUUUUUUCAGCUUGUGGCUUUGUGUUCCUUUUAUGGUUCUUAGUCCAGCAGUUACUGUCAUCUCACAAACACUCCCACUCAACCAAACAAACGAACAUGCAUGGAUGGGACACCUGGACCUGGAAGUUGCAGGAAAGUGGGUUGAUGAGAUGCUUCUUAUGGCUUUAGGGGGACUGUCAUAUCAAGCUCUAUAUCAAAGAAUUCUUUCGGCAGCCUCCUCUGUUCAGGCUCAGAUAUCCUGCUUUGCUGCGGCUUUGACAGUUUUUAUUAUGGGAAUCCCCUCAGUUGUCAUUGGAGUGAUGGCUUCUGCUGCAGACUGGAACCAGACUGCAUACGGUCUUCCCCCUCCUUUUGAGCGUGGAGAUGCAGGGAAGAUCCUGCCUCUCGCUCUGCAACAUCUCACACCCACAUGGGUGGCAGUACUAGGCAUUGGUUCUGUAGCUGCAGCUGUUAUGUCCUCCAUGGACUCGGCGCUGCUAUCCUCUGCAUCCAUGUUUACACAAAACAUAUACAAGACGACUUUGAGGAAAACGGCCUCAGACAGGGAGCUCCAGUGGGUGAUCCGUAUUAGUGUUCUGGUCGUGGGCCUGGCUGGAACAGGUCUGGCUUUUGGAGACGACAGUGUGUUCGCUCUCUGGGUUCUAAGUGGAGAUCUUCUUUACUGUGUGAUUUUCCCACAGCUGGUUUGUGUUCUCCACUUCCAACGUGCAAACACUUAUGGUGCUUUUUCUGGUUUCGUGGUGGGUUUGUUGCUGCGUGGACUGAGCGGGGAGCCCAUACUUGGGAUCCCUCCUGUUCUCCUGUACCCUGGUUGGAGGGAGGAGAAUAAUGUGAUCAUACAGUACUUUCCUUACAGAACUAUUGCCAUGCUGUUUUCUGUGGUAAGUAUUCUAGCAGUCUCAUGUCUGCUGAACUUGAUUUUUAAGCACGAACUUAUCCCACAGUCCUGGGAUUUUCUGCAGGCUUUUAAAAACAAGAAUGAGACAGAGGAGGUUGAAGCACCUGGCUCUUUAGAGGAAAUUAACCAAGUUCUCAAUACUAAAUUCUAAGCUAAACUUCAAUGUAACCUAAAGAAUAAGCCUAAACAUGCUGCAGAUGGUUUUGUGAUUUGUCAAGGCAACUCCAUCUAUAGUUACUUUUUUUUUUUUUUUUUUUUUUACAGAAAACUGUUUUGCAGUCAUUGAAUGAAUAAACGAUCCCAAUUUCUAGUUUCCAAACACAAACUUCCGUGCAUGUUUUAGGAAUUCAUGAUAUAUAAUACAUAAUUUCAAAGUAGAAAGAAAGCAUAGUUUUUUUUAAAUGUGUUUUUAGGUUAAAUAAAAACCCUAAAGUUAUUACAUGCACCUGUGUUCAGCUAAUAUAUGUCGAUUUGUUUUUGCAAACAUUCCAGUUUAAGGUCAGUCAGACUGAACAGAAAGUACCUGCAAACACCAAUGUCUAAUGUUUUCAUUGAAAUUCCCAGUUGGUUUUAGGGCUUAUGUUUUUGUUAACUGAACCCCAUUAAAUUGAGCAGCAAAAUUAAUUACAUAAUUUUAUCACAAUUAAUACCCUCAGACCCUACACCCAUUGCAAUGGACAAGAUAUUUCUCUGGUUUUAAAUCAGUAAGAAAGGAGGAAAUUUGCUUUUUACAUGAUACUUGUUACUCAUUGGUUUCUUAUUAAACAAAAACAAUGAAGUUCUGACUCUUAACUUGACAUUACUGGGUUUUAGGCAUCAGACGAGAUGAGCAUUGUUAUGUGUAGCAGCUCCCCAGCACUUGAAUUACUCAGCCAGUCUCGACGGAUGAAUUUAGCGUUUUAUUUUCUUUGAUGAAGAUCCACCAUGAUCAUCACAGUCACCUCAGUCACCGUGAAAACUAAAACUUAUACAAAUAUUAGAAUACAAAACAUAAACGUACAAUACAAACAACAAAACAAAACGUACCUCGCUGCUUUCACUAGGGAACACUAAGUGUUAAUUUCUUUGUGCCAAACAUCUUGACAGUUCAAGUCAUUCAUUGACAUUGAAUUCAUUGAUUCUGCCAGCUUUUAUGAAUGAAUGAAACAUUGAUUAUGUUUAACAACCUGAUAAGUAACAAUGGGACUUGACAAAAUCUAAUGCUUCAGUUGUUGACUGUGUGUGCUAUGAGUUUGUAUUUUUGUGUUUUUAUGAUGUAAAUCACUUUUGAAAUGUCUUGUUGCUGAAAAGUGCUAUACAAAUAAGAUUUGAUUUGGUAUAUUCAGAUUACUAUACAUACAAAGUACAAUGUAAAAAAAUAAUAAUGAUAUUAGAUGUCAUACACAAAAAUAAAUUCAAUAUGCUCAAAAUUUGUCUGCAUGACUGUAAGGACAUUCUUAUUACUGUAAACAUGAAUUUUUUUUCUGUGCAGUUUAUAUUUACAUUUUCUACUUCAUAAUUUCUUUAUUUUUCUUAUUCCUGUUUGUACAUUAUUGACUUGGUUUGUAA